AAAUUUAAAAAUUUAAUUGUGGUUAGUUGAGUUUUGAGUUUGAAAGUUACAGUUUACAGUUUACUAGUCGUUUGCAAAAUGAGGGAAUCGCCUAAGAUGAAAGUUGGAGAAUUUCAAAUGGAGAAGAUUCCAACCAAAAAUUGUACAGUGUUUGAUGAACAAUGGACCAUUAAAAAUUUGAAGAAGAGACUUCGAAUAGUUGUUGUACGAUGUGAUGAAAAUGAGAUCGAAUUCGAUUUAAUUGGUAUUCAUCCAGGUUUGGCGAAUACUUUCAGAAGAAUUAUGAUCAGUGAUAUUCCUAGCAUGGCAAUUGAACGAGUUCAGAUUCUCAACAAUACCUCGAUAAUACCAGAUGAAGUUUUAACACAUAGAUUUGGCUUAAUUCCUCUUAAGGCGGAUCCUAGAUUAUUUGAAUUUAAAAGUGAUGCGGAUCCUGCAGAGAAAGAUGUCAACACACUGGAAUUUGAAAUAAAAGUUAAAUGUACUUCUGUGAAAGAAAACACCAAGAAUUCUCUUUGUGCAGAGGAUAUUUACAAAAAUAGUAAUGUAUACUCUAGUCAAAUAAAAUGGCUUCCUAUUGGCGACCAAAGACAGAAAUUCAAAGAAAAAGAUAUAGGUCCCAUUCAUCCGGAUAUUCUAAUUGCUAAAAUGAGACCUAGUCAUGAAAUAGAUUGUAAACUUAUAGCUGUCAAAGGUAUUGGAAGAGAUCAUGCAAAGUUUUCUCCUGUUGUUGCUGCGUUCUAUCGGCUUUUGCCAGAAAUUAAAAUCAUAAAGGAAGUAUCAGGAGAAGCAGCAGAAAGGUUACAAAAAUGUUUUGCACCUGGAGUGAUUGAAGUGAAAAAAGAAGAAGGAAAAAAUAUUGCAGUUGUGAAAGAUGCAAGGUAUGAUACAGGAAGUAGGAAUGUUUUGAAAUUUCCUGAUCUCAAAGACAGCGUAGUCAUCAACAGAGUAGAAGAUCAUAUGAUAUUCACAAUUGAAUCCGUUGGAGCUCUAAAACCAGAUGAUAUAUUCAGAGAAUCUGUCAAAUAUCUGAAAGAUAAAUGUUUGAACUUACUGCAAGAGUUGAAUUCCUGAGUUAUGAGUUGUUACCAUUAAGGUAUUUGUUAAGAUUUUUAAUAAAUGAUUUAUGUUUA